UUUUUUAUUAGUGUGCAAGCGUACAGUCACUAAAGUGGUGAACUGACGGGCGGUGUAAAACGUUUUUCAUAUUUCAUUUGCGUUUUUUGUAAUAUACACUUGAAUCCCUUGUAUUAUCGGCCGCCAUAAAUACGCGCGUUAUAAUUAAUUUUACACAUUUUAGACAAUGUAAGCGAUUAACGUUACUUCCGUAGUAUACUGCUAGGUGCUAGAAUGUAAAUGAUCAGCAUGUGUCACCAGUUAUCAACAAAUUUAUAGUGAAACAGUGAAGAGUCGUCAUGUGAGGAAAGUUAUGACUAUUAGUUGGAAUACAACUUAAUUCGGUUGGUGUUUGUGUUGUGGACAAGUGUUAUUUAUUAUUUCUAGUGGAAGUGAUAAAUUCUGUCGCAAAAUGGCGGACCUCGAGGCUGUGCUGGCAGAUGUCAGCUACUUGAUGGCUAUGGAGAAGUCCAAAUGCACUCCAGCGGCGAGAGCUAGUAAAAAAAUUAUUUUACCAGAUCCAAGUGUACGGAGUGUUAUGCAUAAGUAUAUGGAGAAGAAGAAUGAAGUAAAUUUUGACAAAAUAUUCAAUCAAGUCUUAGGUUAUUUAUUAUUUAAGGAAUUCUGUGAACAGACGUCAGAAGAACCAGUGCCACAAUUAAAAUUUUAUGAAGAGAUAAAAUUAUAUGAAAAACAAGAAUGUCUAGAAGAAAGACGGAGGAUUGCGAGAGACAUAUAUGACAAUUUUAUUAUGAAAGAACUAUUAGCACAUUCACAUGAUUAUUCAAAGGAAUGUGUAGCACAUGUACAAAAAUAUUUAAUGAAGCACGAAGUGCCACCUAAUCUUUUUGAGCCAUACAUUGAAGAAAUAUUCCAACAUCUUCGAGGGGAGCCAUUUAAAAAUUUCUUAGAAAGUGACAAAUACACAAGGUUUUGCCAAUGGAAGAACUUAGAAUUAAACAUUCAGCUCACAAUGAACGACUUCAGCGUGCACCGCAUCAUUGGCCGUGGCGGUUUCGGAGAGGUUUACGGCUGUCGGAAGGCGGAUACGGGUAAAAUGUACGCGAUGAAGUGCCUGGACAAGAAGCGAAUCAAGAUGAAGCAGGGGGAAACUCUGGCGCUCAACGAACGCAUCAUGCUCUCUCUAGUCAGUACCGGGGUGGAUUGCCCGUUCAUAGUAUGCAUGACGUACGCGUUCCACACUCCCGACAAGCUCUGCUUUAUCCUGGACCUGAUGAAUGGUGGUGAUCUCCACUACCACCUUUCCCAGCACGGCGUCUUCAAUGAGGCCGAGAUGAAGUUCUACGCCGCGGAAGUUAUAUUAGGAUUGGAGCAUAUGCAUAAGCGUCACAUAGUGUACAGAGAUCUGAAGCCGGCGAACAUACUGCUAGACGAACACGGUCACGUGCGAAUAUCCGACCUCGGGCUCGCCUGCGACUUCUCCAAGAAGAAACCUCAUGCGAGCGUAGGCACCCACGGCUACAUGGCGCCAGAAGUUCUCUCCAAAGGGACGGGCUACGACUCAUCGGCCGACUGGUUCAGUUUCGGCUGCAUGCUGUACAAACUGCUCAAGGGUCACUCGCCCUUCCGCCAGCACAAAACCAAGGACAAGCACGAAAUCGACCGCAUGACACUCACCAUGAAUUACAAUGUAUUCCAGAACGUGGAGCUGCCCGAGUCGUUCAGCCCCAGCCUGAAGAGUCUGCUCGAGGGGCUGCUGCAGCGAGACAUCAACAAACGCCUCGGCUGCAAAGGCAGAGGUGCGAACGAAGUGAAAGAGCACGUUUUCUUCGCUGGCAUCGACUGGCAACAAGUGUACCACCAGAAGUACACGCCGCCGCUGAUCCCUCCCCGCGGGGAGGUCAACGCUGCUGAUGCCUUCGACAUCGGCAGCUUCGACGAGGAGGACACUAAGGGCAUCAAGUUGACAGAAGCGGAUCAGAUGCAGUACAAGGACUUCCCGCUUGUAAUAUCCGAGCGCUGGCAAUCGGAGGUGGCCGAGACUGUGUUCGAGACCAUCAACCAGGAGGCCGACAAAGUGGAGCAGAAGAAGAAGGCGAAGCAGAAACAGAAGUUUGAUGCUGAUGAGAAAGAGUCGGACUGCAUCCUGCACGGCUACAUCAAGAAGCUGGGCGGGCCGUUCGCGAGCGCGUGGCAGACGCGGUACGCGCGGCUGUACCCCAACCGCCUGGAGCUGCACCUGGAGCACAGCGCCAAGCCCGAGAUGAUCCUGCUGGACAGCGUGGACGACGUGUCCGACCUCGUGCCCGUCAAGGGCGAGCAGUGCGUCGUGCUGCGCACGCGCGCCGACGCCAAGAUCGUGCUCACCAACACUGACGAAAUCGGCCUCCGCGAAUGGGCGAUAUCUUUGCGUUCCGCGCACAAAUGCUCACAAGAGCUUCUGGCGUCCAUGGCCAAGAAGGCGGGCAAGAUCUACGGCACGGACGGCGCCAAGGAGGGCGGCGGUGCUCAGGCCGCGCCCGCGCCCAACGGCAACUAGCACGAGCUCCCCGCGCCCAACAAGGGCGCGAAGAUGUUCCGCCGCUCCAAGAGCGCCGCGCAACUCAUCAAGUGAACCCUCCCCCCCCCGGUGCCCGAAAGGCGAAAGGCAAAUAAAGCGGACACAAAAAUGUAACGAGAAUUGUUUCCAUCGAUAUCGGAGUCGUUCGGUAGUGCUAUGUUUUUUUUUUUCUAAAGAAAUGUGCGUCCGAUUCGAAGUGCUUCAGUUCUCGCGUAGACACUUCUUAAUACUUUAUUCAGUGAGUGUGGCAUUCGUUCUAUAUGUGAACUGAGUCGCGAGUGACGUGUAUAGUGUAGCUCAUGGUACAACAAGACCGGGUACAUCCUUUCCACUAAUAUUGAAAUAAAACAUCACUAAUAUAGCUUAAUGUAGCUGUUUAAUGAUAUGAAGUAUAUCAAAAAUCUAUUAAGUGGUUGAUGUAUUUACCUGACUAUUAAAAUAUCUUGUUGUGGCAUGGUAUAGUCAGAGAGUGUCCUAGGACCGAUCGCGUUUUGUCGUGCGCAUACAGCGAUAGGACCGAUCUAUGUAUAUUAGUGAUUCUCGAUUGUGGACAUGGUUUUAUAAUUGUUUGCACCGAUUGAAUUUUGUAAUUAUUAAUGUAAUCUGAAUGUCGUAUUUAACUCGUAGGAAGUAAUGUAAAUUUUAUGACUCUAUUGAGUAGAUAAGCAUAGUGACUACUUAUAUGUGUUUGUGCGAUAAACCAAUAUAUAAAAUAAAAAAAUUUAACCUGUGUCGAAAUUGGUAAAAAACAUUAGACUAUUUUGACGAGAAUUGAAUUGUUCGUUGUGCGUAUUAUAGAAGCUUCGACUUAAUCGAUUUAUAUUGUCAUUAGAAUUUCUAGCACCUGGGUUACACCGCAGAAUAUUGCACACAUGUUAUAUAUACAUUAGUUUUUGUUUUAUGUUGUCUCUGGUGGCUCUCUUGUGCAAUCGCAUAUAUUAAUAAUGAAAUAGUUCCUUUUUAUAAAGUUAUGGAACAAAUUAUAACAUUAUUUAUUUAUUAAAUGGUACUUAAUGAUAAGUUUCACUUUUUGUGUUCGAAACCAACUAUACGCAAUAACUCCGAUUGUUAUUUAUAAAAAAAAAAUAGAAACCAAUAUGAGUAGAAUCUAAUGAAUAUCUCUUUUCAUAUAAUAUUUAGAGGCAAUACUUUUCUAACAACAUUUAGGUGUGGUAAAUAAAUAUAACAAUAGAUGUAAAGGCAAUAUUUAGAGAAAUUUUAAAGCAUGUUUCAUGUCAGAAAAAUCAUGUCGAAUUUUUUAUUUGAAUAUUUAUUCCAUAGACAGUUUAUUGUGGCCUGGCCCGAAUGACAUUUUGUAUGUUGUGUAUGUUUUAUAUGUAAAGCAAUGCAACUUUAUUUGAAGGUAUGUAUGUAUUGUUUUAUGUCUGAUGCAGAUUUAGAUCUGUCAUUUCUGUAUAAAAUGUUCCAUUUGUUGCCAUAUUAUAACUUUACAGUUUUUAUAUAAUAUCAAUUGACUAUUUGUAUUGAUAAUAUUACUCAACUGGGCGUAAGCGUUCCACGUUGCAAGUCGGGAUAGGAAAGAACUAAGCAAUAAUAACUCAUGAUUGGAAUUAUAGUGACAGCUUAUGCUGUAGCAAGCAAUGUGAGAAUAUUUCUGUAAUAUACUUUAAUAUUUAGAUAUCUUGAGACCUUUCUCGUAGUAUAGUGCGGCGCAGUAGCUCUUAGAUAAAUGUAUAUAAUAUGGGAAUUGGGUGAUCACCAUAAGUAUGUGUAAUAAUGCCUAGAUUAGUGAAUGUAAAGGCAAAUAGCUUCUAUGACCGAAGUGAGGUAUUAAAUUUAAGUUAAAUAAAUUAUGUUAUAAUAUUAUAAAUAUUUAUUUACAGAUUUCUAGGUGUUAUGGUACAAAAUUAUUAUAUUCCUGGAUUUAUUGGUAUUCAAUCUUGUUUCUUUAACCGGUGUUUAGGAGCUUGUCAACAGAACAUAUUGACCUUCUAUCUUUGUCAUACAUUAUUUAGGCUGAACAACAAUUAUAUAAUAUAUUUACAGAUGGCACAGAUAGAAACAAAGGUCAAUAUCCACUGGGGAUUCGUAACUAGCACGUGGUUAUACUAUUAGAUGCUAGUCAAUUGAAUUAUACUGCAAUGGAGUCAUUGAUUUAAAGGAAUAAAAAUUUAAUGUAAUCGUUUGAGCAGUAUUAUAGGUUAGUUAUUUGUUUCUUGAUAAAAUCGUUCUGUCUAUUGUGAUAUAAUCUUGUAAAGAUUUUCUAGACGCGUUCGAACCGUUAGUGCGUUUCUCUAUUCGAGGGAACAAAAAUUUGCUUGUGUACUUAAUAUUGAUUUGCCUACUGAUAUUCCAAGUUUCUACUAAUUAUGUUCAUUAUAGAUACAUUAGACAAAAAAUAUUUUCAAUAAUAUAUCUGUAAUACAUUUAGGUAGGAGACUGCAUACUCUGUGAACAGAAUUACUGGAUUCGCAUUUUGAAAUGUUUUGUACGCGAACUUGACGGCCAAAGUAACAAAAAUGUUCAACAUUCCGGUAUGCCAAAUUAGCUUACUAUAGAAAAUAAUUAUAAUGCAUUUAAGAGGUUUUUAUUUAUUUACUUUAUAUCAAUUCACACAAAUAUAAUAAGCACAGUAAUGUAUUCAGGGUUUAUUUUAUAUUAAGAUGGCUUAAUAAUAGGCUAAAUUAUAGGAUCUAUGGGCACCAGGCUAGAUCUGCAUCAGACAAUGUUAUGUUACGUACCUCUGUUAGUGAAUAUUUUUAUUGUGAACCUACAUUAUGUGUAGUAAAUUGUUUAUUUAAUCAUU